CGCUUUUGUUCGGACGGCGGCGGCGACGGGGCGGACAUGGCGUUCGUACCGGGGCAGCCGGUGACCGCCGUGGUGCAAAGAAUUGAAAUACAUAAGCUUCGUCAAGGUGACAAUUUGAUUCUGGGAUUCAGCAUUGGGGGUGGCAUUGAUCAGGACCCUACUCAGAAUCCUUUCUCUGAAGACAAGACUGACAAGGGUAUCUAUGUAACAAGGGUGACAGCAGGAGGCCCAGCAGAAGUUGCAGGACUCCAGACUGGAGAUAAGAUCAUGCAGGUGAAUGGCUGGGAUAUGACAAUGGUGACCCAUGACCAGGCCAGGAAGAGGCUGACCAAAAGGAAUGAGGAGGUGGUCAGGCUGCUGGUGACCAGGCAGUCCCUGCAGAAGGCUGUGCAGCAAUCCAUGAUGUCCUAAUCCAUCAUCCAGCUGGGGAGGGGGUGGGAGGGAGAUCUAGAGACUGGUAUCA